GAAAGCAGCAGCGCACAGGCAGAGAGCAGCUGAAACUGAUGGGAUUGCAAUAGCAGCAGCAACAGCAGCCAAGAGAGCAGCUCCUAGGCACUCGCAUAUCCUGGCAGCACCAAGUUUGUCUGGCCAUUGCAUCUGAUCAGAGAACAGAAGCACAGAGGAGAAAAGAGCAGAUUAUUCAAGGGAGAUCUAAGCAAACAUCUCUUUAGGUACCUGAGACCUUUUUAUCAUGAAGCUCUUCACAGUCGUUUUUCUCUUAGUAUUCAUUGCAAUCUGCUUUACCAGCAUAGAAGGAUCAAAAUGCAAAUGUGCAAGAAAGGGCCCCAAAAUAAGAUUCUCCGAUAUACAGAAACUUGAAGAAAAGCCAAAGUAUCCAUACUGCAAGGAGAGAAUGGUCAUUGUCACCAUGAAGUCACGGUUCAGAGGAGGUCAUCAGUAUUGCUUACAUCCCAAACUCCCAAGUACAAAAAGAUUACUUAAGUGGUACACAGUAUGGAAAGAGAAAGAGAGGGUUUAUGAAGAGUAAGAAGGUAAAAGGAUAAUACAAGAAACAAGAUUGUGUGGUAGACGUAAGGAAAGGAUGGACAAUGGAGGAGAUAACUUCUCACAAGACAUGACACAAAUAUUAUAUUGUUAUAAAGCACUUUUUACCAAGGAUCACUUUUUACAUUUUAUAGCUACCAGAUUUCACGUAGAUUUCAUACAUUUCCCUCUUUUGAAGUGAGAAAUAUGUCAUAAUCUUCAUUUUAAAGGGUGUGGGUUUUGGGGGAUUUUUUGUUUUCUAGUAAAUGAGUAUAUUGAAAGCUGUUCAUUUAUCACUGAUUGGAGACUGGGCUUUAUAAGCUCAUUCAGUGAACCAUAAUUUGUACACACACACACACACACACACACACACACACAGUGUUCUAAAAUUACAUCUCUUUUUUGGCAUUGCGGUAAAUUCCUAUGCCAAUGUGAAGGUU